AUGCCUCCUAAACGAGCACAAACCCCCAGCUCCUCCUCCCUCUCCUCCAGCCCAGCAGUCCUAUCCUCUAAUUCCUCUAUAUACCAAAUCGCCCAGCACAUAUGGCAGCAGUACCUCACCACAACGUCUCAGCGCACCAUGAUGCUUGACGCCUUUAUGGUGUUCCUUCUUUUUGUCGGUGCCGUGCAAUUCCUGUAUUGCGUUUUGGCUGGAAACUACCCCUUCAAUGCCUUUCUGAGCGGGUUCUGCGCCGCGGUCGGCCAGUUCGUGCUUACGGCUAGUUUGCGCAUGCAGACGAGUAGCGAGCAGAAGGGUGGGAACAGUAAGCCCAGUUCGAAGGGGAAGAAUGCGCGAUUUGCUGUGGUAGAAGGUGGGGAGGAGCAGGGUGCGGUGUCUCAUGAGAGGGCAUUUGCGGAUUACAUCUUCGGGAGCUUGAUUCUGCACUUUUUCUGUAUCAAUUUCAUCAAUUGA